AUGGAAGCCGAUUCCGAUCUCCAGUUGGAAGUCAACUUUCAGUGGAAUUCGUGGGCUCCAAUUAAAUGCAAUUAUCUCCUUUGGAGAGCCAUUUCGGGCAAGGUGGCGGCGAAGUUAUCUCUUUUGCAUAGGGGAAUUAAUCUUGAUAAUCUUUGCUGUGAUCGAUGCGGGUAUGGGUUGGAAGAUCCGGAUCACAUUUUUGCGGGUUGUAUUUGGGCUCGGAGUGUGUGGUGGCAGGUUGCUGUCUGGAUGCGUAUCCCCCCACCUAUCGAUGCGACGAGCUUAAAAGAGGCCGUGAAGUUAAUGACGAGUAAUACGGGGUCGGCUAAGUGGAAAAAAAUUGUUUACACGGUCGUUUUGGCUUCCGUUUGGCGGAUCUGGAGAGUCAGAAACUUAAUGGUUUUCGAAGGGGUGUUCGUUCCGAUUAGGAGAAUCGUUGAUUUGAUUAAGGAAGACGCCUUCUUAUGGAUUUCUCACCGAUCAAAGCUGCCGAAUCCGGACUGGGAUAACUGGUUAGAGUUUAAUGUUGUGAACCUUCUUUAA